AUGUGGAAGAAAGUGCAGAUGAACCGCUUGCGAGAGUCCAAGAUGGGCGCUCCUAUCGUUGUUGACACCAAUGUCGACCAGGCUGUUCUUCAGUCCAUUUCAGGCAAUCCGGUCGCAAGGGGCUUGAAUGCCGGUUACAAGGGUGUUUCAAAGGAUCUGCCAGCUCUGCCACCUGAGGCGACAGAUCCAAACGCCGACCCGCACCCGGGGCGUCGCAUCCCUUCGUCCAUCUACUCUCGCGAUGUCUCCGAUUUCAACGCCUACAUGCAGGAAAACACGGUGACUCGCCCCAAUGCAGGUUAUUCCGGCUAUGCGCCUGCCGGAGACCACCCGGACAUUUCUCCUCCAGACUCCCCCAUUGAGUACGACGGGUCCCGUCGGCCCGAAAGCCCAGAUAUCUCUCCCAUCAGCGAUACGCCCGAGCAGACGUUCCCUUUGGUCAAAAAGCAGACCAGAUUCGACAGCAAACUGCCCGUCUUACGCAAGGACACUCAACCCCAACAACCGUCGGCAGGUCAGCAUUCGGAAAGGACAAAAUGGGAUGACAUGUCAGGAGAACCAACUACCAGCGACUCGGGGAAGACAGGACAGGUGGCUCCCAGCGACAGCCCAUACCAACGGCACGUUGAGUCUAGGACGUCGGGCAAGCAGGGCUCUACCCUCCUAGGCUCCGGGAAAGAAAAAAUCCAGGCCGGGAAGAUAUUCUUGAAAGCCCGCGAUCAUGCCAGCAAAGACAAGAAGGAUCAGAAACCAGCUGCUCGUGAGCCGUGGAAGGGCCCCAGUGGCCGUUCUCCCCUUGUCAAUCCCAUCGAAAGCAAACCGGCCUCGCAAGCCAGGAUGUUUAACAGGUCGCCAUCGCCCGCUGACAGUUUGAACUUUGCAACUCUGCAUGGAUAUACGAUAACCACGGUUACCGCGGGUAAUAGCAAUAAUAGCCAUGCAGACAAAAAGCGAACAGAAGACAAGAAGCGAACGGAAGAGAAAAAGCGAGCAGAGGAUAAAAAGCGGGCGGAGGAUAAAAAGAACACCAAGACCUCGCAGUCCUCUGCAGCCCAGUUGUCUUCACAAAAAGCUACUGUCAACUUGAGUCAAGCCGGGACGUCAGCGGGGAGCAAUGCGCAGACUGGUCAAACUCCAGAGUCUCGUGGCAACGAGAACACGUCACUGCGAGUCGAUCCUGCGGAGUCUAGUUUGGCCUCCAUAUUUCAGGACUUGAAUAUCUCCAAUGAGCCUGGAAGCCGAUUCAGCGCGACAACAUGUACGACUACGGAAGCCAGUACCUCUCGAUCUGAGAGUCCUCAAGUUGAGCCCAAAACCGACCCUCCGCCCGCGCCCGCCCCUCAGGAAUCGAUCAUCAAUAGAAAACGACCGAUUCCCAAGGCCGGAGUCUCGGCAAAGAGCACCACUCGCAAGCCGACCCCGUCUGCCGCCGCUAAUUCUGACGCGGAGAAAUCCAAGUCGGUGCCAGAGGGCCCUCCGGAAGUCCAGGUGCAGAAUCGGAUCGAUUCACUCGAAGCGAGGCGCAAGGAGCUUGCCGUUCGCAAAGCCAACAUCAACACCAUCAUCUACGAGCUGACGCAGGUCAUCCAGCCCAGCUCGAUCGCUUACGACAUGGCGACGCGGGACGAGGUCAAGCGGACGGUCGCCAGUCUGAACAACGAGCUGGACGACAUCAAAAAGGAGGAGCACGACAUUGGCUUGAAGUUGAUCCGAGCGUGGAAGAAACGCGACGAGCUGGAGGCCUACGAUGCGUCGUCGAGUUUGUGGGUCAAGCGCGUCACGAGCUGA